CCUCGCUGGGAAGUCGUCUCUCAGGAAUAGCUACGCACUUCUGACACGUGACAUUCGAUUCCUUUUCGACGAUAACACUUUGCGCAGCUAAUAGUUGCAAAUAGUUGGAAAAUCGCCUAGAGGAUUUGGACGAACAGGACUCGAGGGAAUUUUAUCGUCAUCAGCGUAAUGGAGAUUAAAACGACGUUCCCGACGAUCUCGAGCAGCUCGCCCUGUCCGCCGAACGAAGACUCCGCGAAGAUGGAGGACGCGGUGCAGCAGUGGCUGGAGAAAGAAACGUUUUCGGGGGUUCGCGUCUGGCAGCUCGCCGGCAUCGUUCUCGCUGUUCUGCUGAGCAUCGUCGUCGGACUCUGUUGCUGCGUGCGCUUUCGCGUGCCGAGAACGAAGCAGGAGAUCGAGGCCGAUUACAUUCGCAAGAAGAUAACCAAGAGUUUUCGGAGCGAACUGUCGAAGAUCAGCAACAAGGAGAUGGACGAGAUGGAUCUGCAGAAAGCUUUGGACAGAAUCCGUAGCGAGUACGAGGGGGACACGUCCGCGAUAGCGAAGGAAUGUGCGGGAUUGGCGCAACGAAGCGUUCAUCAGGGCUUUCGGUCCAGAUUCAACGCCGUGUUUGGCAAAACGCGUGUGCGCUUCAGCCCGCGCGAGCACGCGGAGGCGAGCGCCAUAAUUUAACGACGAAAACAAAAUUGCCAAUUAAUUGUAACUGAUAAAAUUACGUUUUGCAAUAAAUUGCACACGGCACGCGACGGAAAGAGAUCAAACGUUUCGAGACAAGUCACCUCGUAAAAAAAAAAAAAAAACAAAAGGAAAUACAUGCGUACACGCACACGCUCUCAUUUUUUGACUAAAUAUAAUCUUUAUUUCAUAUAGAUAUUUUUAUACACAAAUUUAUUUAUUUUAGCAUGCAACAGUGAUCUAUAUAGCAACGAAUAGUAAUAUGCUUCGGAAAGCACCUCACCACAUGUGUCAUAAUUUCUCUUUUUUUUUUUUUUUGUCUCUAUAUCAUAUAAUUCGACAUUGCUAUCGAUUAAUUAUUUGUACUCUCUCGUUAACCGCGCUUGUAUCUUAUUAUUUACUGCAUAUACAUAGAUGAAUCUUAUUCGAAUCUAUUCGAUAGAAGUUUAAUAAUUACAGAAUUACUGUAUCUCUAAUGAUCAAUGAUAAGAGGGAGAGUGAUUGAACGAAAACAAGAAACUGUUGUUAAAUACAAAAACAAAAAAAAAACAAAAAAAAAAAGAAUAAAAAGAAA